AUGGACGGAAUGAAAGAGCCCAAGCCCCAGUGCGGCGCUAAAAAGGGUGGUCAACCGGCCGAGUAUGAUGUUGGCCUUCACGUUGCUGGUCUUUGCGCCGGUUUCCCCGUUGUGGCCAAGAAGGUCAAGUGGAUGAAGGUUCCUCCCAAGGUCUUUUUCGCAUGCAAGCAUUUCGGUACAGGUGUGCUCAUCGCGACAGCGUUCGUGCAUCUGCUUCCCACCGCCUUUGGCAACCUCAUGAACCCGUGCCUCCCGGAUCUCUUCACCGACGACUACCCACCUCUUCCAGGUGCCAUCAUGAUGGGAUCCAUGUUCAUUCUGUUCAGUAUCGAGAUGUGGAUCAAUGCCAAGAUUGGCGGCCAUUCCCACGGAGGACCUACUGGUGAUGUGAUGCACGACCACGGUCACGGAGCCGUCCAGCCUGCCCGGCCCCCUCGUUAUGGGCGCAACAGCUUCGAUGCCGAGGCGGACAGCAUUGACUUUGAGAAGCGAGUCGCACAGCGCGCGUACGACGAUGAGAAGUCACGCUUCCCUGCGCCUUACUCGGAGACUGUCUAUGGAGCGCCACCACCCGCCAACACCAACUUGUCCGACUCUGACAUGCCGCCUUGGUUCGUCGUUUUCUACGAGCAGUAUGUGCGCCAGCGUAUGGAGAUGAUGAACAUGAUCCGAACAACCCAGGAGAAACAGACUUCGUCGCAGGUUGCUGUUACGGAAGUCAAGCAGGAAGAUCCGUUUUAUGAUGCCGAGGGUCAACAGGUUGACCCCGCUGUGUAUCGCAAGAUGUCUCUCAACAUUACCAUGCUCGAAGGUGGUAUUCUGUUCCACUCAGUGUUUGUCGGCAUGACCAUCUCCAUCACUAUUGAUGGUUUCAUCAUUCUGCUCGUCGCUAUCCUGUUCCACCAAAUGUUUGAGGGUCUCGGUCUUGGUUCCCGUAUUGCCGCUGUGCCGUAUCCCAAGGGCAGCAUUCGUCCCUGGGUAUUAGUCGUCGCUUUCGGCACCACAGCCCCCAUCGGUCAAGCCAUUGGACUCUUCACCCGCAGCAGCUACGAUCCAGACAGUGCAUUCGGUCUCAUCAUCGUCGGUGUGUUUAACGCCAUAUCCUCUGGCUUGCUGCUCUACGCUGCUCUCGUCGAUCUUUUGGCUGAAGAUUUCCUCUCUGAGGAGGCCAACCGCCUUCUUUCCAACAAGCAAAAGAUUACUGCCUUUUGCUACGUUCUCGCCGGAGCUGCGGGCAUGUCAAUUGUCGGUAUCUUCGCCUAA